AUGAAUGUUGAUAAUUCUAAGAAUAUUUCUAAGAAACAAGCUAGCUCAUCUGGUUGCAGUUCAAAAGUUACGAUCACGGAUACUCAACCCAAACAAAACGCUCUACAACGAAAUGUAAAGGAAUUGUUCAGUAAUAUUAAAAGCAUAACAAAUAUUGAAGGUAACAAACAUAAAAAAAUAACUGAAGCGAUUGUGAAUUUCAUUAUCAUGGACCAUAAACCAUUUUCAAUUGUGGAAGGAAACGAAUUUACACAGUUAAUGAGAGAACUGGUACCCUUGUACAAAAUUCCUUCUAGAGAAACGUUUAAAAAACGUAUAGAUGAAAAAUAUGAGGCUAUGUCAGAAAUUUUUAAAAAUUACUUAAAAGUAGCAGAACAUUACUGUAUUACAUAUGACAUAUGGACAGAGACGAUGCAGAACAAGUCCUUUGUUGGAGUCACCAUCCAUUUCUUAAAAAAAUCCAAGCUUAUGAGUGGAACUUUGGGAGUCUUUGAGUUAUUCGAAAGACAUACAGCAGAAUACAUACAAAACAGACUUUCAGAUAUCUUCGACGAAUGGAGUAUUACUACCGAUAAAGUUACUGCUGUAGUGACUGACAAUGACAGCAAGGUUAUGAAGGUAAAUAGAGACAUGUUUGGUGAAAAAAAAAUAAUACCGUGCUUCGCCCACACAUUGAAUUUAGUUGUCACAAACUCAUUGGAUAAAGCUAAAACUGCAUCAAUGAUCAUCAGUAAAGUGCGCGAGAUUGUAAAAUUCAUAAAACGUAGCGUCAAUGCCAGUGAUGAAUUGCGGAAAAAGCAAAGGGAGGCUGGUAAGAUGGAAGGCCAGACAAAAAGCUGA